GCCCAUUCAUCUGACAGCCGUUUACCACAUCAGUCCUCUGCUCCUCCUCCCUGUUCGGUCCAAAGUUGUCGACAGUCUUCCAGAGCCUGCAGGGGAGAUCAGCCAUGGCUCUGCUGCUGAAUGUGGCUGCACACUGCUACCUGAUCCGCCGGCGGUUCAGGAGGAGGAGGAAGAAACGCUCAGAGCGUAAAGGUGGAACAGGGAACCGUCCGACCCGAACCCAGCAGAGGCAGCCCAUCACAGAGGGGAUGGAAACACGAAGCAUGAGUUCAUGCAGCACAGAUGUUAAGGAAAAUCACAACUUGGACAACCUCUUCUCAAAAGAAAGGGUUGCAUCUGUUGCUGUUCAGCUCCACAGUGGAAGGACAAGCAGAGGUAGAAAACGUCCCUUAGCAGAGGGUAACAAUGGCCGCACACCUUGCAAGUACUGGCCGAAAAAGCGUAAAAAGGUCUCAGGACCCAUUGUGCCCAAGAAUGCCCUCAUGCAGCUGAAUGAGAUAAAGCCCGGACUUCAAUACAAGCUGCUUUCUCAGUCUGGCCCAAUCCAUGCGCCUGUGUUUGUGAUGACUGUGGAGGUCAAUGGGCAGGUAUUUGACGGCUCAGGUCAGACAAAAAAGAAGGCCAAGCUAAGCGCUGCAGAGAAGGCCCUGCGUUCCUUUGUCCAGUUCCCUAAUGCAUCUGAAGCCCACAUGGCCAUGGGUCGGACUCUGGCUGUUCACACAGACUUCACCUCAGACCAGGGGGACUUUCCUGAUGAGCUCUUCAAUGCCUUUGAGACAUCCAGAGCUUUAGGUGACCCGUUAUACCUGGCCCCCAACAGCAGGAGAUCUUUCACAACUCUGGGAAUAGAAAACCCAAUGCUCCCUCCCCCUACCUCAAACAUUGUUCAGUCUCCCCUAACCCCUAAUCCAUUUGCCUUCACUUCCUUGACAAGUGGCAAGAACCCUGUAAUGAUUCUUAAUGAGAUGAGGCCAGGACUCAAAUAUAAUACUGUGUCUGAGAGCGGGGAGAGCCAUGCCAAAAACUUUGUCAUGUCAGUGACAGUGGAUGCUCAGAACUUCCAGGGUUCUGGGCGGAACAAGAGGCUGGCCAAAGCUCGAGCUGCCCAGGCUGCCCUGUCUGUACUCUUUCAUAUUGAGCCAGACCAGGUAUCGUCCCGGCAACCCAUACCCAAAGAGGGAUUGCAGCUUCAUCAACCACAGGUCCUGGCUGACGCCGUCUCUCGUUUGGUUGUCGAAAAGUUCAGUGAACUAACUGAUAACUUCACAUCUCCACAUGCUCGAAGGAAAGUCUUGGCAGGUGUUGUCAUGACAACAGGUUCAGAUGUGAAGGAGGCACAGGUUAUCUGCGUAUCCACAGGGACAAAGUGCAUCAAUGGUGAAUACAUGAGCGACAGAGGACUAGCCCUGAAUGACUGCCAUGCUGAAAUUAUCGCUCGGCGCUCUCUCAUCAGGUUCCUGUACUCCCAACUGGAACACUUUCUCAGUCCUAAUGAAGAGGAUCAUCACAAAUCUAUCUUCACCUGCUGUGACAACAAACAAGGUUUCAGACUGAAUGAGAAUGUCCAGUUCCACCUGUACAUCAGCACCUCCCCCUGUGGCGACGCUCGCAUUUUUUCACCUCACGAAGCUGCUGUGGAAGAUCAGAGUGACAGACACCCUAACAGGAAGGCCCACGGGCAGCUGCGGACUAAGAUUGAGUCUGGUGAAGGAACAAUCCCAGUGAGCUCUGGUAGCACCAUUCAGACAUGGGACGGGGUUCUUCAGGGUGAGAGGCUGCUCACCAUGUCCUGCAGCGACAAGAUUGCCAGGUGGAAUGUGGUUGGAUUCCAAGGCUCUUUGAUGACCUACUUCACUCAGCCCAUCUACUUCUCCAGCAUCAUCCUGGGCAGCUUGUACCAUGCGGACCAUCUGUCCAGAGCCAUGUACCAGAGACUUACUGAGAUGGAGGUGCUACCGCCACCUUUCAGCCUGAACAAGCCUCUGCUCAGUGGAAUUAGUAACACAGAGGCUCGUCAGCCUGGAAAAGCCCCAAACUUCAGCGUGAACUGGACCAUCGGAGACCAGGGUUUGGAGGUGAUUAAUGCCACCACAGGGAAGGAUGACCUAGGCCGACCCUCGAGACUCUGCAAGCAUGCUCUGUACACCCGCUGGAUUGACUUGCACAACAAGCUGUCCUUCACCCUGCGCAUUCAAACACUGGAGCCCAGGAGCUACCAUGAAGCUAAGCAGGCCGCAGCGCAGUACCACUCUGCCAAGCAGACUCUCUUCAUAGCCUUCCUCAAGGCCGGACUUGGAGCCUGGGUUAAGAAACCUGUAGAGCAGGACCAGUUCUCUUUCAGCAAUUGUGUGUGAGCUGGUCAUGGAUCUUAGGUAGAGAGGUAUGUUCCCUAUUGAUUUUCAAUAGACUGAACUCUUAAAUUAUUCCAUUUGUCAUUAUUAGUAUGUUCAAUGGGGAAUAGAAUAGAGGGAAAGCACAAAAUAAGAUGCAGUCUGCAGAAACAGAAUAUAGCUCCGUUCUGCUGCAUGUUUGACUGCAUCGACCCUCAGUAGGAUGCAGCUUCACAUUUAAGGUAACGACAGGACAGUGGUACCAUGAAUUUGAAGAAAGUAAUAAAAAGUCGUUCUCUGAUUUAACAUUUAACAAGUAGAAAUAUUUUUGGU